AUGUUUUGUCGUUACAUCGAAUUCAAAAUAUUCAAAAGGGAACUCUCCUGUAAUUAUUCUGAGAAAUUUAACAUAGACAUAUCUAUCUAUCUAUCUAUCUAUCUAUCUAUCUUUGUUCAUUCUCGUUAUUUUUCUUUCGAAUUGUCACGUUUUACCUCUUUCUUUCUUUCUUUCUUUCUUUCUUUCUUUCUUUCUUUCUUCGUUCUUUCUUUCUUUCUUUCUUUCUUUCUUUCUUUCUUUCUUUCUUUCUCCGCUUGUUUGUUUGUUUAUUUCUUUGUUUCUUUGUUUGUUUCUUUGUUUCUUUGUUUGUUUCUUUGUUUCUUUGUUUGUUUCUUUCUUUCUCCGAGUGUUUGUUUCUUUCUUAUUAUCAUAAAUCAUUCAUUGUUAUUAAUUUAUUUAUUUAAUUAUUCAUUCUUUUUUCGUUUCUUUUUAUCUAAGCAAGUUUGGUCACCUCUCUAUCUAUCUAUCUAUCUAUCUAUCUAUCUAUCUAUCUAUACCACUGCUAUAUUUAACCGGCUCUUUAGUUGUAAAAAAUACGCACUUCUCUCUCUCUCUCCCCCCUCUCUCUCUCUAUCUAUCUAUCUAUCUAUCUAUCUAUCUAUAUAUAUAUAUAUGCUAGCACCGGAACCCAUACAUACAAAGAAAAUCUUACUUAAAAAUCCAUCUAUCUAUCUAUCUAUCUAUCUAUCUAUCUAUCUAUCUAUCUAUCUAUCUAUCUAUCUAUCUAUCAUCAUCUAUCUAUCUAUCUAUCUAUCUAUCUAUCUAUCUAUCUAUCUCAGUGAAUCUAUCUAUCUAUCUAUCUAUCUAUCUAUCUAUCUAUCUACUGACCUUCCUGUCCAUAUCUAUCUAUCUAUCUAUCUAUCUAUCUAUCUAUCUAUCUAUCUAUCUAUCUAUCUAUCUUAA